CAAAGAGGUUAGUGCGGGCGAGACCCUGUAGUGAAGUGGUUCAACGGAGACAUGCAUUUCAUAAUCUUCACGGCGUUCCUCGCUAUGGCCUCUGCCAUGCCGUCAUUCAUAGCAGUGCCGGCGGAUCAGAUAGCUUUUGUAGACCUCACACAGUUACGAGCUAGAAGAUUACCAAGACAGACCUUACCUGAAGCAUUGUAUGAACACAACUACCAUCCAGUACCGUUGCAGAAUUAUAAGCAAGGAACCGUAGCCCUCGCCCCACCUCCUGCGCCAGAAGCCAUUGCAAGGUUACAAACUAAACCUCAAGAUGAAGAGUCUAGCCCAGCAAACGCAAGCGCAGUAGCUCAAAUAGCGGAAAGACCACCUGACUUUGGAGAAUAUGUUGAUUUUGGGGCCCAUACCGGUGAUAAUGGUGCUUUUGGGUGGUACGCAGACUACCCUGUUAGGAAAUAGAAAAUAUAGAUCACAAAACAGAUGAUUAUAGUUCGAUAAAAGUUUAAGGUGUUCUAAAAGUAUUAUUUGUUUCAAAUGAGCACCUUAAACUAAAAUUGUUUUACAAAAGUGAUCAAAGACUUAGAGUAUUUUGAAUGAUCUUGCCAAUUUACUUUUUUUUGGCAUGAAAGGAAAACUCAAGUUACCAAAGACAGUAUUCUUGGAAGUUUUAGAAAUUAAAAUAACUUUUUAAAGCAGAAUUACCGCACAUUUGUUUUAGACGGUGAAUUCCGCUUGAUGCACAUUUUUUAAAGGAAUGUUCUAAAGAUGUUUCUUUUAUUACUUUAAUGUUUAAGUUAACAAAGUACACUGUGAUAUGUCUCACCAAGGUAGUUCCCACUCCAUAAAAAAUAUCUUUCGUAGUUGUAUGUCUUACAUUCUGCAUAAUUAUGUAUAAUAUUUCUGCUUAAUACUACUAUUACUUUAUAUUCAUUCGUUUCUAUAUUCCUACUAUGCAUUUAGUACCUUCUCUAAUAUUUAUCUUCUUUUUCUUGCUUUAUCUAUAUAUCGCUGCAUAAUCUUCUCUCGCUUCUGCUUAAUACUUUUCUAUUACAUUAUUUUAUUGAUUCAAUUGUUUCUUUGUAUAAGUGGAAAGUAUUGCCAAUAUCAAUUCCAUUUUUAUCAAUCGAAAAGAAAAAAAAUUAUAAUAAUUCAUUACUCAAAAUAAUACUGAAUUUAUUGCAAUAUUUAAUAUUCAGUAACAAAUGAAGACUCUUGAACUUUUGUCUAAAAAAGUACUAACUUUUUUUCUGUCGUUGACCUCUUUUUAUUAAAGUUUUAUCGUAUCCUAUCUCUAUUUCCCGACUUAAACUUAUAUAUUUUCAAACUUAUUAUAGCCUGUAUGUGUUCACUAUGUCAUUCUUUAUAUCUGUCUUUCGCAACA